GUAAAUGUUACAGAUCAUGACUCUACAUUUAGAAGUCUCUCAGAUGUCCUUCAGAAUAACAUCACUCCUUAUGUGACCUUGCUGGAAGCCAAAGAUUGCCCAGGCAUAAAAAACCUGAUGCAGAAGCUGAUGGGGCAACUAAUGAACUGCCAUGUGGAUGGGGACUCAGAAGAUGAGGACCAUGUGCAGGUUGCCCAGAAAAGGACACGUUGUUCAAUGUCUUCUCUUGUCAACUGGUACAAGAGUGUAACCAAGAAAACAUAUCCUGAAACUCCAAUCAAGAGAAAAUCUUCCUCUCCCACACACUGGGAUUCUCCUCCAGUUGUAGUCAUACUUAAAGACAUGGAAAGUUUUACUGCAAAAGUACUUCAGGACUUCAUAGUCAUCAGCAGUGAACACAUCCAUGAGUUACCUCUGGCUCUGAUUCUUGGAAUUGCUACCACACCAAUGAUUAUCCACAGGUUACUUCCUCACUCUGUGUCUUCCCUGCUGUGCAUAGAGCUCUUCCAGUCCCUUUCCUGCAAGGAGCACCUGUCCACUAUCAUUGACAAGCUGGUUCUGACAGCUCAGUUUCCCUUCAAACUGGGUGUGAAGGUUCUGCAGGUUCUCCUCAAUAUAUUCUUGUACCAUGAUUUUUCUGUCCAGAAUUUCAUCAAAGGAUUUCAGCUCUGCAUUGUGGAACACUUCCAUUCCCAGCCCCUCAGUGUGCUGUGUUGUCCCCUGGCAGAUGCCAAGAGCAGAGUCAGUGAUUUGUCUCACGAGCAGUGUGAGGACAUUCGCAGACUGACCUCUUUUAGAAGGUAUGUGGAAGGACAGGAGUCAAAGAAGCAGAUUGCACUGCUGACCUCAGACAGCUGCUUAAAGGAGGAAGCACAGAAGUUGCUGGAGGACCUGCACGUGUACCAUGAACAUUAUGUUUCUGUCCUGAGGUGUCUUCAUGUUUUCACAUCUUCUCUUCCAAAGUAUCCUCUGGGCAAGCAGAUCAGGGAGCUGCACUGUGCAUGUCUGGAGAGCCAAGUGUGGGAGACAGAGGAAUAUGAGUCAGCUCUGCAGCUGGCAAGGAUGUUGAAUAAGGCUGAUUUGGUAACCAUGCUUGAACAGUGUGUGGAAAUCUUGGUGUCAUCGUCUGGGAAGGAAUUUGAGAAGACAGUAGAGAAGCUGAAGGAGUUCCUGACCCAGUUUCAGGACCAGGAAGAAGUUUCCCAAGAACGAGAUGCGACAGUAUUGUCACCAAAUGAGCUGCAGAAGAAGACAGACCUGUAUCACCUGCAGAAGACUCUGUUGGAGCUGAAGGAGUCAAGGAGGUCUAAGAAAGUGAUGACCAAGUUUGAAGUGCUUCGAUUGGAAGUUGUUGACUACAUAGACAAUCUUGUCAGGAGAUACCUGGUCCCUGCAGACCACAGGACACUGCACGAGGUGGUGUAUUUCAACACAGCCUCAGUGCUCCGUGGGCACCUCAGCGCUGCCCCCAGGACUGCUCUGCACACAGCCUUGAACAACCCAUACUGCUACCUCAAGAAUCAAGCUCUGAAGUGUGAUGGGGGAAGCAUUUCCAACAAGGCCCCUGACAUCUGCAUCGUGUAUAAGCUUCACUUGGAGUGUGGCAGAUUAAUCAAUCUGGUGGAUUGGUUAGAGGCUUUCUCAACUGUGGUGACAGCAGCUCAGGAACCAGAUGCAGCUGCAGCUUCCUCAGGCCAGGUGGAUGAUAUCAUCCACGCUCGCUUCGUCCGCGCCGUGUCCGAGCUGGAGCUCCUGGGCUUCAUCAAGCCAAGCAAGCAGAAGACUGACCACAUGGCAAGGCUGACGUGGGGAGGCUGUUAA